GCGGCGGCGAUGGCGCCGCGGCUGCAGCUGGAGAAGGCGGCGUGGCGCUGGACCGAGACGGUGCCGCCCGAGGAGGUGGCGCAGGAGCACAUCGAGGCGGCCUACCGCGUCGGGCUGGAGCCCUGCCAGCGCGGCGCCUGCCGGAGGAACUGCCGGGGGAACCCCAACUGCCUGGUGGGCAUCGGGGAGCACGUCUGGCUGGGCGAGAUCGACGAGAACAGCUUCCACAACAUCGACGACCCCAACUGCGAGCGCCGCAAGAAGAAUGCGUUUGUAGGCUUAACGAACCUUGGAGCCACGUGCUACGUGAACACUUUCUUGCAGAUGUGGUUUCUUAACUUGGAGCUUCGGCAAGCCCUUUACUUGUGUCCGAGCACCUGCAGCGAGUACACGACUGGCGAGGGCAUCCCAAAAGACAAAGACUACGAGCCUCAGACCAUUUGUGAACACCUCCAGUACCUAUUUGCCUUGCUGCAGAACAGUAAAAGGCGAUACAUCGAUCCUUCUGGGUUUGUGAAAGCGCUGGGCUUGGAUACAGGACAGCAGCAGGAUGCCCAGGAGUUUUCAAAGCUGUUCAUGUCCCUGCUAGAAGAUACUUUAUCCAAACAAAAGAAUCCAGAUGUUCGAAACAUAGUGCAAAAGCAGUUCUGUGGAGAAUAUGCAUAUGUCACAGUAUGCAACCAGUGUGGCAGGGAGUCCAAACUUGUGUCUAAAUUUUAUGAACUGGAGUUAAAUAUCCAAGGGCACAAGCAGUUGACAGACUGUAUUACAGAGUUUCUUAAGGAAGAAAAAUUAGAAGGAGACAAUCGUUACUUUUGCGAAACUUGUCAAAGUAAGCAGAAUGCCACAAGGAAGAUCAGGCUGUUAAGUCUUCCGUGUACGCUGAACCUGCAGCUGAUGCGUUUUGUGUUUGACAGACAAACCGGCCAUAAGAAGAAGCUGAACACCUACAUCGGCUUCUCUGAGCUGCUUGACAUGGAGCCUUUCAUGGAACAAAAAAAUGGUGUCUACGUGUAUGAACUUAGUGCUGUCCUCAUACACAGAGGUGUGAGCGCAUACUCCGGGCACUACAUCGCCCACGUUAAGGAUCCACAGACGGGCGAGUGGUACAAGUUUAACGAUGAAGACAUAGAAAAGAUGGAGGGGAAGAAAUUGCAGUUGGGAAUUGAGGAAGAUCUAGCAGAGCCUUCUAAAUCUCAGACUCGUAAACCUAAGUGUGGGAAAGGGACUCACUGCUCUCGAAAUGCUUACAUGCUGGUAUACAGGCUGCAAACCCGGGAGAAGUCUCCAACAGUCGAAGUACCAGCUUUUCUGCAGGAGCUGGUAGAACGUGAUAACUGCAAGUUUGAGGAGUGGUGUAACGAAAUGGCAGAGAUGCGCAAACAGAGCGUGGCCAGAGGCAAAAUCAAACACGAAGAGGUGAAGGAGCUCUACAAAAGGUUACCUGCUGAAGCUGGUUCCCCAUACGACUUCAUCUCUCUCGAAUGGCUGCAGAAAUGGCUGGAUGAGUCUACUCCUCCGAAACCUAUAGAUAACACAGCCUGCUUGUGUUCACAUGGAAAACUCCAUCCUGAUAAAAUAUCAAUUAUGAAGAGGAUAUCAGAGUAUGUGGCUGACUUCUUCUACAGGAGAUAUGGAGGGGGGCCCCGGCUGAAUGUUAAAGCACUUUGCAAGGACUGCGUGGUAGAAAGGUGUAGAGUACUACGACUGAAAAACCAAUUAAAUGAAGACUACAAAACUGUUACGAACUUGCUGAAAAUAACUGUAAAGGGGAACGACGGGUUUUGGGUUGGAAAGGCAUCCUUGCGGAGCUGGCGUCAAUUGGCUCUAGAGCAAUUAAAUGAACAAGAUGACGAUGCAGAGCACAGUAACGGAAAAAUGAAUGGAAACGCACAAAACAAAGAUGAAUCAAAUGAAGAGAAAAGAGAAGAGGAAGAGGAGUUAAAUUUUAAUGAAGACAUUGUUUGCCCACAUGGUGACCUGUGCAUAUCGGAAAACGAAAGGAGGGUGGUUUCGAAAGAAGCCUGGAAGAAACUCAAGCAAUAUUUUCCAAAGGCCCCUGAAUUCCCAAGUAACAAAGAGUGCUGUUCCCAGUGCAAGAUUUUGGAGCGAGAAGGAGAGGAAAAUGAAGCUCUGCAUAAGAUGAUGGCUAGUGAGCAGAAGACAUCUCUCCAGAACCUGUUUCAUGACAAAUGCAGGCCUUGCCUCGGCAGCUGGCCUCAGGAGACAGAUGAGCUGUAUAUUGUAUCGCAGUUUUUUGUAGAAGAAUGGAGGAAAUUUGUCAGGAGGCCGACGCGCUGCAGCCCCGUGUCCUCGGUAGGAAACAGCGCUCUGCUCUGCCCCCACGGGGGCCUUAUGUUCACCUACGCUUCCAUGACCAAAGAAGACUCCAAACUUAUAGCUCUAAUAUGGCCCAGUGAGUGGGAGAGGAUUCAAAAACUGUUUGUUGUGGAUCACGUCAUCAAAAUCAUCAGGACGCAAGCUGCUGGGGCGGACCCCGAGAGCGCGCUUUACGACUCCGAGCCCAAACUCUGUCCAGAAUGCAGAGAAGGGCUGUUAUGCCAACAGCAGCGGGACUUGCGUGAGUACACCCAAGCAACCAUCUACAUCCAUAAAGUGGUGGAUAAUAAAAAGGUAAUGAAGGACGCUGCUCCAGAGCUGAACGUGAGCAGCUCAGAAGCUGAAGAGGAAAGGGAGGAAAACAAACCAGAGGGGGAACAAGACCCAGAUUUUAACCAGACCAACGGCAGUGCGAAGCGCCAAAAGAUCUCGCACCAGAACUAUAUCACUUACCAAAAGCAGGGCAUCAGGCGGAGCACGCGGCACCGGAAAGUCAGAGGGGAAAAGGCGCUGCUUGUUUCUGCUAAUCAGACGUUGAAAGAGCUGAAAAUACAGAUCAUGCAUGCAUUUUCAGUUGCCCCGUUCGACCAGAAUUUGUCAAUCGACGGCAAGAUACUAAGCGAUGACACCGCAACACUCGGCAGCCUGGGAGUCAUCCCCGAAUCUGUCAUUUUAUUAAAGGCUGACGAACCAAUUGCGGAUUACGCAGCGAUGGACGACGUUAUGCAAGUUUGUAUGCCUGAAGAAGGAUUUAAAGGGACUGGUUUACUUGGACAUUGAUGGUUUUUAUACAUGCUGGCGGCAGAGGAGCGACCAGAAGGGAAGAGGAUUUUGACAUGGUAGGGCAUUAAAAGAAAAGGUGGAUACAGGACUGAACAGUUGCUUGACUCUUCCAGAAGGCAGAAACCCAUUCUGAAAUGACUGCCUCCAAAAAUGCCUUAUGUCAAAGCAGAUUGCACUGAAGGACAUCCUGACUUCAAGAGAACGUUUCAAAUUUUAUAUUUAAUAAAGCAAAAGUAAGGUUGAAAAGUUUAGUAGCAGUAACAAUGUAUCAUGUUUACAGGCAGGCGUUUCUAGCGAGGGAGACAGUGGCGUUCGCGUGUGUUUCCUGACUCAGAUUUCGUACCACGCUCGUCUGUCCAAAAAGGAAUUGUAAUGCAGUAGAUCAAAAACAUCUUGAUCUGUUCUCCAGUAACUCUUUAGGCGUAACCUGCUUACAGAUAAUCCUGUCUUUGAUCCACUAUUACUCUUUCCGAGCAGCAUGGAAGUAAAGAAAUUGUUAAUUGUGAAGAAUGUCUAGCUCUUUCCAACGUCAUAUAUUUACCCAAAGUGUAAGCCGUGGUCUGCCUACGAAAGCCUUCCAUCAGUGACUCGUAGCGCCGGAGGGGCGAAGGAGGUGGGGGGCCGCCUUCCUCGCCCUCUCCGGAGGUUUGAUUUCUCAGCCACUCGCCUUUUUGCAGUUUUACUUCCAAACAUGACGAUCUUAACUUUCAAUAAUCACAUGGUCUUUCUCUCUGUGAACUGUGUUUUUAGAAACGUGGAAUAUUUUAACGACUUUUGAUAACAUCCUUCUCCAGUAUGUUACUGCCAAGAGCCAGAAAUGGUUUGCGCUCUGCCAGUCGCUUUGCGAGCUUUGAACCGUUCUUUGCUGGAACUGGAGAUACCGAAGGGGUUGAGUGUCGUACUUGGGUGGUGUGUUUUCCAUGUAAAAAGAGGUUUUCCCUCUGUUCUCCUUGUUUUCAGGAAUGCACUAAUGAUUUUUUUUUCUUUUUUCUUUCUUUUACAUCUCCUGUAGCUCCCAGAAAGGAUCUCUUCCUAUCCUGAUUGAAUAUUAGUAGCAGGAAAUAGUGUACCACUUCCAGGCUUAAAAGGGCACUGUCAAGGUAUCUCCAUAAUAAAGUUAGCUGUUUCCCAUUACCUUGAGACUUAACCUUGUUUCCGUAGCAGAAGUCUUUCACUGAGUUGGGGCGCUGGUGCUUGAGACGGACCGUGCCAGUUGGGUUGCUGCAGCAUCAGCUUCGUUUUUUUUUUUUUUUUUUUUUUUUUAAACGGACUGCCGAAGCCAAACGGCUAUGAAAAAGCGCAGGAGCUUUGCAGGCUGCCGGCGGGGUUAGGGCUGCGUGUGGAAGGGGAGGGUGUAUUAAUACACGGGAAAUCGGGCCCGGUAACCUUGAUAGUGUUCCUUUUAAAAUGCCCCUUUUAUCUAGAGAAUUAUAGCUGCCCUCUGUUAAGCGAUGGUCCCCAUCGUUUUCCUCGCUGUCUUGUUGGAUUUUCGCCCGUCUCCGUUCUCGUCCCCGACGGUGGGAGCGAGCGGGGGAACGGGGAGGGGGCAGAGGUGUUAAAAGCGGCUCCGAAAGGAUUCGUAAAGGGGGAGCCUGGGGCCGAGACGACUCCUGCCUUAACCGUGCCCCCGGCCUCGGUGCCUCUCGGGGCUCUGGCCGCGGGCCGAAGCAGCGCAGCCCAGCAGCUUAUUCUUUCCCAAGGUAAAGACUUGAGCAUGAAUUCAGUUUGCCGCCGUUAGUGCUCGACGAAGCACUAAGCUUCUCCUUCCUUUGGAAACCUAGACGAGGGUUUUAUUCUUCCUAGACUGAAGCACUCACUUGUGUACAUAGUCCAUGGAAAGUUGAUAUUUUUUUCAGUUUGCUGGGGUUUUGGAUCUUUUGUUUGUUUGGUGGGAUUUUUUUUUUGUUUGUUUUGUUUUGUUCUGUUUUUUUUUUUUUUUUUUUUGUUACGAGUCUCUUCCUUGAGCUUAAAGCGUUGCAAAGCUAACUUUCGCAACUUUGCCAGGAAGAAUUGUAAACCGGGACGUACUCGCAUUUACGGAGGUAGCAGAUCAAGGUAAUGGCCUUGGUAUCGCUGUAUCUUACAAGCACGCAGAGGAAACAGGAACAAGGUGUGAGCAAAGGCACAUUUACUGUUUUGUCUGUAUUUGCAAACAUAUUGGACUAAACUUGUCAUUUGAGCUGUGGAAGCCUUAUUAAAGUGCAUACCCAUGGUC